UGUUUGUUUUCGUUUGUUGUUGUUGUUUGCGUGCACAAAACAACCAAUCGCAACCCCGUCGGGACAUCGACGUGCCUCGGGCGUUCGAUUAUCGGCCAAUGCCGUCGCCGCCGCGUAAUCCGCGACAAGAAUCGAUCGUGGGCGCGAUGCGCGCAACUUCCGAGUUUUGCCGCCCCGUUCCGAAAGACUUUGGUGGUGGUGGUGGUUGUUGAUGGUUGUUGUUGUUGGUUGUUGUGGUUGUUCUUGUUGGUGGUGCUGAGGGAAGCUCGGCCUCUGGUUGCUUUCUCAAUCGCGAAAACAAACAGCGUCAAGGCGGCCGCCGUAGAAACUCUCUCGCGGUCUCUCGUCGCGGGCGGGCGUGCGUGGGCCGCCCCUAGCCGCCGACUGAAAUCCAUCGUUGUUGUUGUUUUUGUUGUUGUUUUGUUGUUGUUUCGGUGUUUAAUUGUCGGCAGUUCGACUUUGCGAGUUGGGUUCGCGAGCCUGGCUCGGGCCUAGGCGACGACAGUCGCUGGCGGCUUUAAAGUUUUGACGAUUUCAAGUCGCUCGCAUCUCGUUGUUGGGUUUUUUUUAUUCCUCUCUCUCCUCCCCCUCCACACACAUCCCUCUACAAACUUUAGCCGUGCAGUCUGCUCGUUUGCAUGUUUUAAAAGUGGUGAGAGGGGAGGUUUUGCGGUGGGUGGGAGUCGCUUGUGCGCCAAUUAUUUUCUCAGUUUUUUUGUUUUCCGUGUUAAUUUUCGAUUGUCAUAGAAGCGUAUCGAGGCUAUUUAUUUAGCGGUCGGCUUUGGCCUUACAUUUGGGGGGGUUCGUGCAGCCACCCCCGCACUCCUUCAUCCCCUUCAUGCAACCGAGUCCGCCCGAAGAAGAGAAGGAAGCAUCUGGGAUGUUCGCCCCCAACACGGUGGGAGGCUGAGUGCAUAUUCAAUGACGCACACGUGACAUACCUGGGAUUGCAAGAGUGGGAGCUUGGAAGCUCUUAAAGAUGGACAAACAGCAGGCGCUCAACUCCAUCAUGCAGGACCUGGUGGCUCUGCAGCUCUCCAACCGUGUCCGUUCGUCCGCGCAGCCUGAGGACGACCGAGCCAAGGCCGCCGACGUCGCGUUUUCUCGAGCAAAGUCUGAUAUUCGAGUGAAGUUUGAAUAUAAUGGGGAAAAGAGGAUCCUACAGUUCCUGAGACCGCUAUCUUUGGAGGAUGUCCUGCACAAAGCCAAGGUGGCGUUUGGACAGCCUAUGGAUCUAUACUACUCUGGCAAUGAGCUGAUGAUCCCGUUGAGGAGCCAGGAGGAGCUGGAUCAAGCGGUAGAGCUCAUGGAUCGGAAUCCGCACAUGAAGUGCCUAAGAAUUGCUCUUCACUUGCACGUGUUGGCAACCUCACCGGCAUCGUCUCCGAGCAGUUGUCGUCCCUCUCUGCGGCUGCACUCGCCCCCGUGUCCGCCUGACCCGGUCGACCCUCUCGUCCGCAAGAGGGGCACCGAGGGUCACUUCGGUGUGUACCCACCAGAGCGGAGUUCCCCGCCACCCGGGUACAUCCCAGCUGGACAGCGACAAGCGGCGCGGCACGGCUCCUACACGAGCAUCCACAGCGAGGGGGAGUUCAUCCCUGACGACACAUGCGUGGAAAUUGAUCCACUUUCACCAAGCAGCCCUGAGAACUCCACCUUUGGAAGCUGCCACUCCCUGGACAGCCCUUUGGCAGGCGAUUCUCACCACAAAGGCUGGAUCCCUCGUACCAAGAGCUACCCUGACAACCACCAAGAAUUCUCAGAAUAUGAACUCCCGUACUUUGAACGAGUGGGAAAAGGGGGGACCUACCCGAGGCGAGUCAACUCCACAUUCCAGCGUCACGACUGCAAUGAAGGCCGCAAGACAUUCCCACGCGUGCGCUGCCCCCAGAACAGCUGGCUGCUCUCGCCGUUCGGCUGCAGCCCCACGGACGUCUCGCUGAGCACGAGCAGCGGCAGCAGCGGCAUCUUCACUCCCGAGCCAGAUGAGGGACGGGCGCGGCGACUCGCCGGAGGCGUAGGGGGGGAGCUAGCAGAGAACGCCGACGUCAGCCCACCCUCUCGAUCACCGCGUGCCCCCACUAACUGGCAGCGGGGCAAGCUGCUGGGGCAGGGCGCGUUCGGCCGCGUGUAUCUGUGCUACGACGCGGACACCGGGCGCGAGCUCGCCGUCAAGCAGGUGCAGUUCGACCCCGGCAGCGUGGAGACCAGCAAGGAGGUGAAUGCGCUGGAGUGCGAGAUCCAGCUGCUAAAGAACUUGCAGCACGAGCGUAUCGUUCAGUACUUCGGCUGCCUUCGUGACCCCCAGCAAAAGACGCUGUCCAUCUUCAUGGAGUACAUGCCUGGGGGUUCCAUCAAGGACCAGCUGCGUGCGUACGGGGCACUGACGGAGAACGUGACGCGCAAGUACACGCGGCAGAUCCUGGAGGGUGUCUCUUUCUUGCACGGCAACAUGAUUGUUCAUCGUGACAUUAAGGGUGCCAACAUCCUGCGCGACUCUACGGGCAACGUGAAGCUGGGAGACUUCGGCGCGAGCAAGCGACUGCAGACGAUCUGCUCGCAGGGCACGGCAAUGCGCUCAGUCACGGGGACGCCCUACUGGAUGAGCCCUGAGGUCAUCAAUGGCGAGGGCUACGGCCGCAAGGCAGACAUCUGGAGCGUGGGCUGCACCGUGGUGGAGAUGCUGACGGAGAAGCCACCGUGGGCAGAGUUCGAGGCCAUGGCUGCCAUAUUCAAGAUCGCCACUCAGCCCACAGACCCUCGGCUGCCCCUGCACGCAUCGGAGCAUGCGCGCGAUCUUCUUCGCCGCAUCUUCGUCGAGGCCAAGCUUCGUCCGUCAGCAGAGGAUCUUUUCCGACAUCCAUUUGUCCACGUCCACUAAGCGGGGUGGUGGUUAAGCUGUGUGACGACGGGCGCUGGGACAGUAGUAGCAGCAGCAGCAGGCAUUGCCGGUUCAUCGAGUCCUCAAAAUGACUUCAGCCUAAAAGGAACUCGCCUAUGGUGCCAUCAUGUGCACCCACAACCAUAUUGAACAUCAUCAUCAGCUCCUCAAGGGGCUGAUUGGGCUGACUUGUUCAUUGGAUACUUUUUUGACUCAUCCCGGAAAGACGUUUUUUUAAAAUGCGCUAUGAUCCUCUUUGUAAGCCAAGGUCUACAUUGCAAGCGGGAAUUUAAGCUGAGUUCCUUCAAUGGAAGUAAUCAUCAGAAAUGUGUACUGUGUUUUGGAUCUGCCAAAGUUUAUCACCAUUAAGAAGACAGCCACCUCCUAAGAUGUGCUGGAUUUAAAUUGUUAGUCCACAAUGCAGUACAUGUUGAACAUUUUGUGUCAGUUUUCUAUGGAAUGUCUUCAGCGGGGUUUGAAGAAUCGGGUGCAGUUACAAAACUGCACAAUGUGAUUCAUGUGGUAUUUGAUUGUGCAACUCAAACAAAAUGGUAAGCCGUCACGUUUCUAAACCGAGUCGAUUGCCAGCUGUUGUCACGCAGCCUCUACGUAGGUGGCGCUGUGUGUCAAAUCGUCUGUUUUCUUAAGUGUGAUGUAAUAUAUAUGGCCUUUCAAGCCAUAGAAAAAUACUGUCAAGUGCCCUACCAUAUAGCCACAAGUCCCGUUUACUGCUACUUGAUUGAAACUUGAUUUAAUUACGAAGCCGGCCAGUGGAUCUGUUGUCCAUUGCGUAUGUGCCUGCGGUUGCUGUAUCAGUUUUCUGAAACAUUAGCUGGCACAAAUAUAAUUGGCCACAACUCGACAGCACUCUGCCAGGGCUGGGGACAGCAGUGCCACCCCAAAUGCUACCGGUAUUUCUUGUGCACUUUCAAAAAGGCCUGUACUAUUUAAAGAAAGAUAAUUGACGUUUUUUUUGCUGCUAAUGAUUAAUUUGAUAUCCUUUUUGUAAUAGGGUAAUUAAAAAAAGUUGGCUUUUUUAUUGUAAAUUUCUGUUUUUACAUUAAAUAAGAUGCUGGAGGCAUUUUUUUGGUACAGAAUAUAAUUGAGACCACUUGUACAAGAUUAUUUAAUUACCAAAACAAGCAGUGCUUGAACCCAAAAUAUACAUUUGUGUUACUUUUUCUUCUACAGGUUUGCAUGCAAACCAAGGAUGGCUUAUAUUGCUGCAAUUCGUAUAUACAUUUCGUAUAUGUACCAAUUGUGGAACUUUAUUUCACAAGCUAUUUUAUACUGUCUUAGGAAGUGUUGUGUAAGUUGAGGUUGAGGACAAAAGCUUCUGCAGCUCGCACUGGGAGUAUAAACCAACAGGGAGGUGGCCGUUGGAUGUUGGUGAAUGGCAUAAGUGGCGUUUGGUAUCGUGGAGUAUUGGAAUGAAAACCCAAGAAACACUUGAUGCUCUAGCAAGCCGAUUGAACUCUUCACCAGGUGGUGAAGUGUCGCUUGGCACCACCGAUGGAUAAACCAAUCGCAGGGCACGCAGAUAGCUUAUGUGCAAACGUCUCGUGUUGUAACUUUUUUUUGUAUAUGUGAUCAAACGUGACCUGGUUAUUUCUGGUCUUGUACAAAGUGCCCCGCUGACCUUUAACUCAGUGCUCUGUCUGAGGCUGGUUAUUUAAAAAAAAAUGUUAUCUGCAGUCAAGGCCGGUGCCUUGCCCAUCAAACAUUUAUUUUUGCUGAGGAACGUUCUAACGGAUAAGAUCAUUACCGCUUUUCGAACUCUCAAAGCCAAAUGGCGUGAUCAUGAAAAGGUUUUCGGUAUUGGUCAACAUCAAAAUGAAAGUGCUGCUUUGCGUUUAUUGAACGUUAUGCAACAUCGCUAUAAGAGCAAAACGUCAUAUGCAAACGGGGCUUCAGGUGACUUAAUGAAUAUCGAGGGACCAAGUUAUUGAGUGGCAGAUACUCAUGUAACCUUUGAACGAGGUCAGUAUGCAUUUGUAUCCAGGUUGUCUGUGAAUUUCAUCCAAUAUAUGAACAAUGACAAUAUUCAUAUACAAUGACAAUAUUAAUAUAUUGUCACAAUAUUCAUAUAUUGUCAUUGUUGCCAGCUAGCACCCACAACUAUUUUUUUGCAUUCUUGCCAUAGCUUCAUCUCUUGAGUGCUGUACACAACCAAGUGUGCCACAUACAUUUACUUCAGUUUUGUAAUUUUCUUCUGUUAAAACUUGACUUGCACUGAAGCCCUGGGUGUACCGAGUGAUGAUGUUCAUUUCUGCAGGCAGAUUCUCAUAUUUUAUCUUGAUGCAUCCAGUCUGCAUGCAGUGCUCCGAGGACAGCCUCUCAUAUAACAAAGGUGGAAUCCAUUUAAAUAACGUAAAGCACAAUUAAAACAAACCUUGGAACGUGCUCUCUCCUUAGCACAAGGUACAGAGUGAUGUUUGUGGUACGACCAUGUUGAAAUGCAUUAUGUUCAUUCCUUUUCAUAUACAGUGCUCUGAAAGGAAAACAUUAAACCGUAUGCAGUUUUGAUUCAUUGACUAAGGCUGUCUGCAAAUUGGUGCUCACCUGGGGCUAAACAUUUCCCCAUGACUUGACUGAGAAUUUGUAUCUCUCGUCUGCAUUUUAAAAUGAGAAUAAUGCUAAUUCCUUCCAAAGAUAAAGAAUUGAGAUUUUGAGCUGAGAAUUUUUUUUAAACGCACUUCAGCCCCUUCCGUUCUUUACAUUUGAUGUGUGUAUUGUUUAUGUUAUCCCUACAGGUGGGAUAGGGAAAGGGUGAGAUGGCAGGUAAACAGUGCCUUCUGCUGCAGCCUUGCCUUACAUUCCAACCGUGGCUGCAAGAAACGUUAAUUGCAUUGUAACCUGAUGAAUCACAAGCAGGUGUCAACUGCACAUUUCCUCUCGUGACAGUGCCUCCUUAAAGGUGCCCACGUAUUGUUUCUCUGGUGAUCUGGGCUUUAUUUGUAUACCAUUGUAUUUAUGAUGCUAAAUUGAUCAUUAUGCCUGCAGUGCAGUCAGUAGCUCGGCUAUGUUGUGUUUAGGGCUGGCUCUUCCCAUCUCUCUAGAAGGAGCUUUGUCCUUUCGGCGCAGUCGUUGCUCAAUAGAGGAAUACUCAUUGAGCCACGCUCUACUCAAACCAUGUUUGUGUGCCCGCAAAUACGUGUGUUUAUAUGAGACUGGAUUUUAAAAAAUGUAAUAUAUUUUAUAGACUUAAAAAUAUAUAUAAUGAAAUCAACCCCUUGGUAUUGUAAGUAUUACAACAGAUUAUAAAUGAUAUUCUUUGGGUCUUUCGGUAAAGCCACGUAGAUAGAAAAAUAAAAUUAUCACGACGUUUCGAUCGCAACACAAGCAAUCGUCAUCGGGUGAAAAAAUAUAGCGAGAGAACUGCCGAGGCAGGAGAAAAAAAUUCUAAAUUAUAGGACACCACAUUGUAAAUUUUAUGCACCGGGAGUUCAUUUCGCAUUUCUGCAUAGGAUUGCACUGCAGCACUUGAUGAGCGGCCUUGUAGAAAAAAAUCUUGGGAUUCAAUUCUAUCAAUAGGGGAUAUAAGCAAGCAAAACCUUAGUAGUCAGCUGAGCAGUCGGCGAUGGGUUUGGAAGUUGAUGCUAAAUAUGAUUUAUUCAAAAGUCUUCAUUCACUGUGCACCGUUUUUACACCCCGAUGGUUAAUUUUUCAACGUUUAUUGUCUGUCGUCUAUAAAGUGAGUUUCGGGAAAUACAUUUUAGCAUUGUGCAUAUUGUUUUAAGAUUCAGUGGACAUUCCUGAGACUCGCAGAUAACCUCUGUGAUGCCUUGGUACAGGGCAUGGGAGAGAUUUUGGUUGGAGUUUGUGUGUGUUCUGUGAGAGGUACCGGGUGGUGGUGGCUUCGGAAUAUCCAAUUUACAAUACCAAAAAUAAACUGCCCGUACAACAUGUGCUCAAAACAACUGAUCAAUGACAAAAUAUGCCUAAAGUGACAAAGGGGAGUGGAAUAUUUUUCUUAAAUGAACAAUUGGAGCUGAAAUGGAGCACAUGGUACUCUAACGAGACAAUUACGAACCAGUGACACACUGGGUCACAGCUUGCAACAAAUGUUCGUGCCAGUGAACACACUGUGCGAUCGGUGGGGUGAGGGAUGGGGUAAAGUGUAUUGGUACAAUUCAUCUUUAAAGCCCUUGCCAACCAUAUCUGUAUUGCUCCCUAGCCCAUGUGCCACAUGCCCACAGCUACACAGCAACGACUUGCCAACUUAAACUGUCAUAAGGCAUUCAGUCUCGCCUACUUGACUAUGGAUACUCGGCAUGUCCACUGAAUUGGAAAUCGUUUGACCAUUGAAUAAAAUGUUAUCUGUAGCAGAGGGCUCCCAAAUCCUCAAUGCACUGACUGUUUUUUUUAAAUAUAACUUGCAUAUCUUCCUCGAAGUAGAUUUUGCUAAGGCGCGCAUAUUGAUUUUUCUGUUAUAUCAAAAUAGUGUAUCUAUGACACAUUUGGGGGUAUGUUUCUGUUGCAUACUUUCUUGUCUUGGAGGGGGGGGGGGAUGUCGGUUCUGCAUUUGACAUUAACCUAUGCAGCCAACUGCAUUACAUGCGAGUCAUUGUUGAAACAAUGCAUCAGCAGGUUUAUCCCGGAUGUUUGAAGCCAAGUGUUAAUAAAAAUUCUGGCAGGAC